UCCCUCAGUGUGCAGCCGGCGUGCUUGCUUCACAGCGCCGAGGUUACACAGGCUCGCUCAAAGGAAGUGUGACCACUGUGACCUGAGCAUCGCUCGGCUGAUGCUAUCUGCUGCAGAAAGAAGCGCACUGAUUACGUGUCUGCUGUGCCCACACGGGGUCUGAGUCACCCCCUACUCCACCAGGCUGCUGUAUCCAGGAGACUCACUGGUAGGGAGGUCGUGCACUUGCCCGAGAGAGAUGGCCCCUUCGGAGACAGAGAGAUUGCCUGGCCCUAGGAAGGCCACAGUGGUUGUGGCCAGUGGGCAGAUUCCGAUUCAAACCGUUCCCGUCCUUCACCUGUGAUGAAAAGCAACACAUCUGGCUUUACGUUCAGUCUGCACUUUUGAUUCGAAAAAUACUGUUUGAUACCAUCUUUCUCAGACUUUAGAAGACUUUUAACGUAAUGGGAACCUUAGAGAUGCGAGAAAAUGGAAGAUUAAUCACAUGGAGUCAGGAUACUUGGAAUAUAGAUGGUGGUGUGUGACAGAUACCUUUGGCCAGCACCUCAUCCAAACCCUACUGCUCUGGGAAAACCCUAAAUCAGUUGGAAAACGCCCCGUGACGACUGCUCUUUAUACAUCCAAAACAAAAACGAGAGGAAUUCUAGACCAUAUCGCGUGCUCAUUGUGCACAGAGCAGCACUGACCUGCUCCAGGAAAGUUACAUUAGGUGCUAAAGAUUUUUUUUUCCCCCUCUUUAUAAAGUUGAUAAAAUAGUCUCUCUUUGGCUCUGUUAGCAGUCCAAAAUUUGCUUUCGGAGAAAGAAGUAAAAACAAAGAACAAUGAGGACUCCUGUCCUGCAAGCCUGCCCUUGGGCUCUAUGUUAAUUAAGUAGUUCUAAGGAGAACAGCCUAUUACGUGAGAAACUUGCAUCUGUGAGAGAUAGCCAGACCUUGAUGUAAACUUCAUCUCCGAAUCUUGCCUGAUGAAAAUUUAGAAAGUGUUGCAAACAGUCCAGUGUUGAUAGUUCACUCUCCUUAAACUUGGCCUGGGCGUCAUCUGUUUUUGGAAAGCGGGCUGGCCUAGGACCCUGCUGCUUUUAGGGCUUGGAGAAAAUAAACAAAGCGUGGUUACAAGUGUGAGCCUUAUGAUGGUACAAUUCUGAGUUACAUACAACAGCAGUGGACCAAUCAACUUUCUAAAUACCACUGGGAGAAGAGAUGGCUGGUUUUUAGCAAAGGUUUAAGAAAAAGCAAAGCUUCCAACCUACUACUCUGCUAACAGUUUUAACAGAUGGAGUGGAAAGCCACCGUGUCACCCAAUUUGGAUCCUGGCUUCCCUCAAAAGACUCUUAUGGCUAAUGUUUGAUAAUCUUCUGGAGUAGCCAACUACAUGUAGAUGUAUAGAUAAAAGACUGUUGGUUUUCACCCGAUUUUUUUUCAGCCACAUUUACGUAUAUGGAUUUUCCUCACCAAAGAUGAUGACUUUACAUAUAUCCUGGGACCAUUUGGAUAGUGUGGUAGUUGGGAUGCAGUGAUGUCGAAUCUCUGUCCACCACCAUCUCCAGCUGUUGCCAAGACAGAGAUUGCUCUAAGUGGUGAAUCACCUUUAUUAGCAGCUACCUUUGCUUACUGGGACAAUAUUCUUGGUCCAAGAGUAAGACACAUUUGGGCUCCAAAGACAGAACAGCUACUUCUCAGCGAUGGAGAAAUAACUUUUCUUGCCAACCACACCUUAAAUGGAGAAAUCCUCCGAAAUGCAGAGAGUGGGGCUAUUGAUGUGAAGUUUUUUGUCUUGUCUGAAAAAGGAGUGAUUAUUGUUUCAUUAAUCUUUGAUGGAAACUGGAAUGGAGAUAGGAGCACGUAUGGUUUAUCAAUUAUACUUCCACAGACAGAACUUAGCUUCUACCUUCCACUUCACAGAGUGUGUGUUGAUAGAUUAACACAUAUUAUCAGGAAAGGAAGGAUAUGGAUGCACAAGGAAAGGCAAGAAAAUGUGCAGAAAAUAGUCUUAGAAGGCACAGAAAGAAUGGAAGAUCAGGGUCAGAGUAUUAUUCCAAUGCUUACUGGUGAAGUAAUUCCUGUAAUGGAACUGCUUUCAUCUAUGAAAUCACACAGCGUUCCUGAAGAAAUAGAUAUAGCAGAUACAGUUCUCAAUGAUGAUGAUAUUGGUGACAGCUGUCAUGAAGGCUUUCUUCUCAAUGCCAUCAGCUCACACUUGCAAACUUGUGGCUGUUCUGUCGUAGUAGGCAGCAGUGCAGAGAAAGUAAAUAAGAUAGUGAGAACAUUAUGCCUUUUUCUGACUCCAGCAGAGAGAAAAUGUUCCAGAUUAUGUGAAGCCGAAUCAUCAUUUAAAUAUGAGUCAGGGCUCUUUGUACAAGGCCUACUAAAGGAUUCAACUGGAAGCUUUGUGCUCCCCUUCCGGCAAGUCAUGUAUGCUCCCUACCCCACCACACACAUAGAUGUGGACGUCAAUACUGUCAAGCAGAUGCCACCAUGUCACGAACAUAUUUAUAAUCAGCGUAGAUACAUGAGAUCCGAGCUCACAGCAUUCUGGAGAGCCACUUCAGAAGAAGACAUGGCUCAGGAUACUAUCAUCUGCACAGACGAAAGCUUCACUCCAGAUUUGAAUAUUUUUCAAGAUGUCUUACACAGAGACACUCUAGUAAAAGCCUUCCUGGAUCAGGUCUUUCAUUUGAAACCUGGUUUAUCUCUCAGGAGUACUUUCCUUGCACAGUUUCUACUCGUCCUUCACAGAAAAGCCUUGACCCUGAUAAAAUAUAUAGAAGAUGAUACGCAAAAAGGGAAAAAGCCCUUUAAAUCUCUACGGAACCUGAAGAUAGACCUUGAUUUAACAGCAGAGGGCGACCUUAACAUAAUAAUGGCUCUAGCUGAGAAAAUUAAACCAGGCCUACACUCCUUUAUCUUCGGAAGACCUCUCUAUACUAGUGUACAGGAACGAGAUGUUCUAAUGACUUUUUAAAUGUGUAACUUGUCAUUAAUAUUUCAUCACAAUCAUGAUUGCUGCCAAAGUAGCUUGGCAGUGUGGGAAACAUCAUUCCUGCAGGUCGUGUCCUAGUCUACUUGGCAAUGCAGUUAAAAUUAGUUACACUACAGUUGUCACCAGUCUGUAGGAGGACGUCAGGCUCAUCGUUACAAUGGGUGCAUCUUUUCCUAGAUAUGCUGUCUUGGGAUACAAACUUAGGUUUACAAUUAUAGUAAAUGUUACUGCUAUCUUUUAAAAAUAUAAUAAUGGAAUAUAAACUUGACCACAACUACUGUUUCUUGAAACUUAGAAUUCAUGGUUUACAUGUAUCAAAGUGAAAUCUGAGUUAGUUUUCACUGGUAUAAUACUAACUGACUUUUCAUCUCUUGAUAUUCCUUGGUAUGUAAGAUUACUGAAAUACUAUAUAAUCACCUGAAAAUUAGAGCAUUUGAAUCAUUUCAGUUCCACAAAAGGAAGUUGGCUUGAACAUAGGUUAAAUUUUAGAAAGAAUAUAUUGAUCAAGCAGAUGUAUAAUUCAAAUUAAUUAUUAGAUCCUACUUUAUAGAUUUGAUAGUCCGUAGAGUUUAAUCUGUGUAAAAACAUCACGCAGCAUGUGUAGUCCUGAUUAUGGCGAAACCACAGUUGGGUGUGUUUGUGUGUGUUUGUGUGUUGAACUAUGUCAAAGAAAAUAGAGGAAAUUGGGUUUUAUGUUUUAAUGGUUAUUGCCAACUAUUUAAAUUACUUUUUAUUAUUUUUGAGCCAAAUUGAAAUGUAUACCUCCUGUGCCUUUUUUUUUUUUUCUUGAAAAAUAUAAUGACUUGGAAGAAGUUCAGAUUACACUAGUCAGUCAUUUUUAUCUUGUUUUCCUCUUGUAGAGUCUCACCCUGAUUUGGCAAUUGUGACUCCAAGAUUAUGAAAUGCAAUAGAAAAUAUACUAACUAGUAAGAUCUUUUCUCAAGAACAGAGAAUAGUAGCUAGUCCUUUUCCUUCUUAUGUUUCUGCCCAUAAUUUUGAAGUUGUUGGCAGGUCUCUUUCCUGAAUCUUGUGAGGAAAGCAGGAGAAACUUGACUGAUGUGCUAUUUUACUAGGUGCUACUUUGGCAGAACUAAGUGGUCAAUUUCUUUUGUUUCCUUAAUGUGUUUGGACCAUUUUGCUAGCUGUAAGAUGACUGAUAAAUGUAAGUCUGUGCUAGAAUGGUUUUGACAUAAUAGUAUACACAAGCAUAAAAAUAUUCUUAUUUAAAACUGUGGAAGUUACAAAAAAGGGAAAAAUAUUUAUAAGAAAGGGAUAAAAGUGAUAGAGCCACUCUGCUCUUGCUCACCAAAUUAAACCAAAACAAACAUGUUCUUUUCUGAAAGGUCCUAAUUGCCUUUCACAUCACUGAUCAGAAAGGUAUAGAAUCUUCAUAUAGACAUAAAUGAAACCGGAUGACUGGUGCUCCGUGGCUCAGUCAUGAAACAAUUUACAGAUACCACCUUCUUGUACCCCUUACUCAGUGCUUUCUAUGUGAGGUUAUUAAAGAGUGCUGACCGAUUAUUUUCUUUUGCUGGUUUAUUGUACUGUUAAAUAGAAUGCAAGUUGUACAGUGAAAUAAGUUAUUAAAGCAUGUGUAAAUACUAUUGUAUAUUUUUUCUCCUAUAUGGAGAAUUUUGAAUAAAAUAGCCUUAAAAUGUU